CAAGAAGAAAAUGGGCACGUUAUUACGAUCACUCACUGACCGUCUCACGCCAAAUGCAUCUUCUGUGAACCUCUCGGAGAAGGUUCAGCGAGAUGAUGGCUUCUAUACCGCUAAGACGACGGACGCCCUGUUUCCGCGCACAAAGCCGGAGAUAGAUGGCGAGGAGUGUCUGCAUGACUGCGAAUCAUGUACGGUACACUACCCGCGCAAAUUCGAAAUCGACGAGGAUGACAAGCUGUACGGGCAGAUCAACGGAUGGGAUCGGCAUUUAAUCGUAGCCACAGGGAAGACGGAUUGGGUGAGAGAUGUGGAGGAGGAGAAGGGCAGCGUGAUGGAGGCUGUAGGCAAGCACCGAGAGGCAGUGCAGGGUGGGAAGCUGAUGUUGAGUGCGUCGAAUAUGCCAACGCCGUCAGACUUUCAUGGAGAGGGCGAUGGGAAGGGGACAUAUCAUCGGGCGACAACCGUGCUACUGCUACCUGCUUUCCAAUUCGUGGAUAACGUGACGCCAGAGAAGACGCCAGCGCUUAUUCAAAGCGUCAUCAACAAAGCAUCAACGAACACACAACCUCUGCCAACUACUGGUAACCUCGUGAACGGCCAUUCCGAUGAGCCCAAGUCGUCUGCAGACCUACCGUCCCUUGCCAGCUUACAGAUAUCGCAAGAAUCGCUCCCUGACGGCCUAUCGCUACGAUCUUGCCCGCACAAGUACCUGAUACUUCUCUGUUCGCAAGCAACGCGUGACGCUCGCUGUGGUCAGUCUGCGCCUCUACUUCGCCGAGAGUUCGAGCGCCACCUCCGCCCACUUGGCCUUUACCGUGACCUCGGCGACGAGCGACCGGGUGGAGUAGGCAUCUACUUCAUCAGCCAUGUUGGAGGUCACAAGUACUCCGCAAAUAUGCUUGUCUACCGCCGCGCUGAGGUCAGCAGAUCGGUGGAGGAGCAAAUGGAAAACGGCACCGAUGCAGGUGUAGGUGGGAUGGUGGGUGGCAGAACCAAGAGCCAGGAAGUUGGCGAGGCGGCGCAGUGCAUAUGGCUUGCGCGGAUACGCCCGGAAGACUGUGAGAAUGUUGUUCGUUUCACAGUAUUGCAAGGGAAGGUUGUGAAGCCAGAGCGGCAGCUGAGGGGUGGCUUCGACCGAGAAAAGUGCAUUGUGAGCUGGUGAUAAUGGCCGAAUCCGAAGUGCUUCCGAGCCUUUGUACACAUCAAUUGACUAAAUAUCGAAGCUUACCUCCUUCACCCUCGACAAGCAGUCGCUCCGGCCCGCCUUUCGUGCUCCUUGGUGCCCCUCGGUCG